GUAGAGUCUGCCAAACCUCAAGAGAAGCUUGUGCCUGCCGUGCUGUGGAGCCAGCUCACUGCCGAGACUGAUGGGCAUCCCUGCAUUCCUACUCCUCCUUGCCACUGAGAGCGGCUGGGCUGACUGCAAGCCCUCCCAGCCCUUGGGCCCCAUGCUUCUGUGGACAGCCGUGCUAUUCCUGGCUCCUGUUGCUGGGAUGCCUGAAACUCUCCCGAAGGCUGUGGUGAGACUUGAGCCCCCGUGGGUCACCGUACUCAAGGAGGACGAUGUGACUCUGACGUGCUGGGGGGCCCACACUCCCGGGAACUACUCCACCCAAUGGUUCCACAAUGGGAGCUCCAUUCAGACCCAGGUCCAGCCCAGCUUCAGGUUUAAGGCCAAGACCAAUGACAGCGGGGAGUACAGGUGCCAGACGGGCCAGAGCAGCCUCAGCGACCCUGUGCAUCUGGAUGUGUUUUCCGGGUGGCUGGUGCUCCAGACGCCUCACCUUGAGUUCCAGGACGGGGAAACCGUCAUGCUGAGGUGCCACGCCUGGAAGAACAGGCCUCUGGGCAAGAUCACAUUCUUCCAGAAUGGAAAAUCCAAGAAGUUUUCCUAUCUCAAUGCCAACUUCUCCAUCCCACAAGCAAACCACAGUCACAGUGGUGAUUACCACUGCACAGGAACUAUAGGACAGGUGUCGCGUUCAUCCCAGUCUGUGACCAUCACUGUCCAAGGGCCCAAAGCGAGCAACUCUUCUCCGAUGGUGGUAAUUGUGGCUGUGGUCACUGGGAUUGCUGUAGCGGCCAUUGUUGCUGUCGUAGCAGCCUUGACCUACCGCAGGAGAAAGCGGACUUCAGCCAAUCUCACUGAUGCUGAGGAGGCUGCCAAGGUUGAGGCUGAGAACACAAUCACCUAUUCACUUCUCAUGCACCCGGAAGCUCUAGAGGAAGAAACAGAGUCCGAUUACCAGAACCGCAUUUAGUCUCCACUGUCUUGCUCUGGGAUUUGGGAAGAGAAUCAGAAAGGCGAGGAUUUGGUGUCUCCUGGCCUAAAUUCCUGUUGGGUAGGACAAGGGGAUGCUGCAGUUCCAAAGGAGAAGGACUCUUCCCGAGUAAUCUGUGUGAGUCCCGAAGCUCCCUGUCCUGAAGCCAUAGACCACAUGGUCCUGGAUGACUGACUGCACCUUCUGUGCCUCAGCGCUUCUCAACAUCAAGACUCUUCUAUUACACAUCCCCACAGCCAAUAAGAUUAGUAAAAUUACUGCUAUUAAGAGAUUGUAGCAACAUGGGAAAUGCUUAUGUUACAGGUUACGAGAACAAUUAUGUAAGUUUAUAUGAAUUCAGAAAUGUUAAAAUAGAUUAACCAACACUGAUACAUUA